AUGUUGAAGCAGAAGACGUUGAUUGAAGUUUUGUCCCAGGUGAACACAUCUGAUGUUCACGGAGCAAUGCUUUUCAACAAAGAAGGUCUUCUUCUCGCAUACAGCGGAUACAACCAAGGAAAAUGUGCUCCAAAUGUCGCGGCUGCGCUGAUUGCUGGAAUCUGGAACGGAUUGGACCGUCGAGACAUGAAAGAAACGAUUCUCGUAAUGGAAGACGGAAUCAUCGCAGCAACACAAGUUGCCACAAUGUUAUUGGCAAUAAAAGCUGCAAAUGUGAGCGAUAUCGGAAUGAUUCGAACAAAAUUGAAAGCCCUUGCCUCACAUUUGGAAGAGCCGAUUUCGGUUAUCACUCGAGAAUCAUUAUAA